AUGGCAACUGCAAUAAUAAGCAACAGCGGAGCAGGUAGCUACACGAUAGUGCAUGUGAGUGACGGCGACUGGCGGCAUCCGGAGAAGGCGGCGACGCUAGCUACAGUGGCGGUCGAAGGAGGUGGGCGGCGAUUGGCGAGCAUGGCGGUGGCAGCUGCGAAGGCAUAUCGACAAUCAGAAUUUAAUGAAUACUUUAUUGAGCUCGAGCGAUAUGCUCCAGCCAUCGGUGCCUAUCUUAGAGAGGCUGGUUUCAGUCGUUGGGCACGUGCAUAUUCGGAUGGCAAGAGGUUUGAUAUAAUGACCACAAACAUUGGGGAAUGCCUCAAUGCAGCUCUAGCGGAUGCGCAUAAAUUGCCGAUUCAAUGUUUGAUGGAGUAUAUCAGGAAUAUGCUGCAACAAUGGUUUUAUGAGAGACGGGGUGAUGCUAGUAAAAUGGGUGGAUAUAUAACAGCUUGGGCUGAGGGAGAAAUAGGCAAAAGAUUGGCAUUAUCCCGGAAUUGGCAUCCAGAGCCGAUUGAUAUGUAUAGAUUCAAUGUUCAUGAUGGUCACUUUGGGGGUAUUAUCGACUUGAAAGUGAGAACUUACACUUGUAGAGUGUUUGAUUUCGACAAAUUGCCAUGUGGUCAUGCCCUGGCUGCUGCACGUUCACACAAUAUUCACCCAUACAGUUUGUGCUCCUCAUACUACCAAACAGAAGCUCUGCUGUGUGCCUAUGCCGAUCCGAUAAUGCCUGUGGGCAGCCAAGCCGACUAG